AUGUUUCAUGUCAAAUAUCCAGAAGGCAGUGGUGGACAGAAUACCAAACACCUGAUGGUCAAUAAGGAGAGUUUUAAAAAGAAUAAACGAUGCAUCCUUCAGAUCGACAAUCCUUGGGAUGAAUUUUGUUUAGCUCGAGCCAUCGUAGUCACCCGGUUACACAGUCAAAAACCGGAAAAUCCAGAGAGUUUAGUUGAAUGGGAAAAAUUAUGGAAACGCAUGAGAUUAGGAGAUGUAAGAGCUAAUGACCAGAAAAACGAAGCCCUAGCUCUCAUGGAACAAGCCGGCUGUGAUAUUCAUCAGCCUUGUGGACCCGAAGAAUGGGGGAAAUUACAACAGGUGUUAGCCCCUCGUUAUAGACUGAAAAUAUAUCAGUUUAAGUCCACCUCCUCUAAACUCAGUUUAGAGCCCAUUUAUAAAGGCUGCGGAGAUGGAACUUAUUUAAACAUUUUGUUAGACGAUCAUCAUUACGAUGCUAUUUUGUCUAUGCCAGGUGUGACGGGCAAUCAAUACUAUUGUGAUCAUUGCGAUGUGGGGUACAGGAACAUUACAGACCAUCGUACCAAGUGUCCUUACCGCUGUUCAUUUUGUUUAACGGACACUCCCUGCCCUCCAGACGGGAGCCACAUUCAAUGUUAUCAAUGCCAGGGAUUUUUUCAGAGCAGAACUUGCUACGAAAACCAUUUACGGCCUCACAGUAAGAAUACGGCCACAACGGAAAACGGCAUCCACGUCCCUAAUUUAUGUGUGGCACACCGCGUAUGUCAACAUUGCGGGCACUUACCCAUAGAAGAUCCCUGUCCUCACUGUCGACACAUGGGACCCCGUCAACACGUGUUUAAAGGCCCAGAUACCUUAAAACACUUCAUGGACUGGUUAUUACAGCCCGACACAGGGAAUAAGAAUUCCGCCUUAUUACACGACGAGGCUAUCAUCAUUGCCCACAAUUUCAAAGGAUAUGACGGACAGUUCAUUUUAAAUUACCUGGUGCAUUCCGCCUGCAUGACGCCUACAGUCAUCAUGAACGGCAGUAAAAUCUUAUCCAUGCAAAUCUGCGGAUUGAAAUUCAUCGACUCUUACAAUUUUUUACCUUUUGCUCUGUCUAAAAUGCCCUCUGCUUUCGGAUUCACCGAACUGAAAAAAGGGUAUUUCCCUCACUUUUUUAAUACAGAACAGAACCAGAAUUAUGUGGGGCCUUAUCCACCGGCAGCAUUCUACAAUCCGGACGACAUGUCUAUAAGUGGACGACAGGCUUUUUACCAAUGGUACGAACAACAAGCCGGAAAAGUGUUUGAUUUCCAGAAGGAAUUUUUAGACUAUUGUAUUUCAGACGUCGAUAUUUUACGACGAUGCUGUGCUCAGUUUCGAGCCACUCUCAAGACCUUAGUCCAUGUAGACCCCUUCCAGGAAUCCAUCACUUUUGCCAGUGCGGCCAAUUUAGCUUACCGUCGAGGAUUCAUGCCCGAAGAUACCAUUGCCAUCAUUCCCAACAUGGGGUAUCAGCCUGCGCGUCAAUAUUCCGCCAAAGCCUGUCGGUGGCUAACCUGGAUGAGUCACCAGAGCGGAUCUCACAUACGACAUGCUAGAAACGGAGGAGAAGUCAAGAUCGGAAGUUAUACUGUAGAUGGAUACCAGGAAGCUACUCGUACCAUCUACGAAUUUUACGGAUGCUAUUGGCACGGAUGCCCUACUUGCUAUCCCAAUUUACAGACCGAAACUCAUCCUCACCGGACACAAUUUACUUACCAGGAAUUACACGAGGAAACUUUAAGGAGGAAUACGGUCUUAGAGGAAAUGGGGUAUUCCGUACGUAGUAUCUGGGAACACGAUUUCGAUCAACAAGUACAAAGAGAGGGGGCAUUACAGAAUUAUGUACGAGAUCUGGACAUUCCAGAUCCUUUGAACCCCCGAGAAGCCCUGUACGGAGGCCGGACCAAUGCUACAAGAUUGUAUUGUGAGGAGGGGGACAUGAGAUACGUGGACGUCUGUUCCUUAUACCCUUACGUGUUAAAACACAGACCUUUUCCCCUAGGCCAUCCUCAGAUCAUAACAGACCAAUUCCAGGACGUGAGAACUUAUUUCGGUCUCAUUCACUGUCGGGUCUUACCACCCCGAGGCCUCUAUCACCCCAUUUUACCUUAUCGCACAGGAGGCAAGUUAUUAUUUCCAUUAUGUCGAACCUGUGCGGAACGACAGGACUCUACUUCUAAACAUCGAUGUCAACACACAGACCAGGAACGCAGUCUUACAGGUACUUGGGUGACUACAGAAUUACAUAAAGCCCUAGACAUGGGAUAUACUUUAGAGCGGAUUUACGAGGUUUGGCAUUUUCCAGAAAGCAGUCAAGAUUUAUUCAGAUCUUACAUCGAUACCUUCUUAAAGAUCAAACAGGAAGCGUCUGGAUUCCCACCUGAUUGUCAGACGGAGGAACAAAAACUAGAUUACAUUCGUAAAGUCAUAGACAGAGAAGGCAUUAGAAUGGACCUAUUAAGUAUAGAAAAAAAUCCGGUGCGAAGAACGAUAGCCAAACUCUUUUUAAAUUGCCUGUGGGGAAAAUUCGCUCAACGCCUGUUAUUACCUAAAACUCGAUACUUGACCGAAGAAGAGGAAGUACAGCAACUCUUACAAGAUUCGACCAUUGACAUCAAAGGGCUAGAACUCUUAGAAAAUAAAGAGGACCCAGACAUGAUGCUGGUGAAUUAUCAAGAGAAACAGGAAUUCGUAGAAGAGUGUCCCUUCGGAAACGUGGUACUGGCCUGUUUCACUACCGCUCAUGCCCGAUUACACCUCUACGAGACUUUACAACCUUUAGGAAAUCGGGUCCUUUAUUUCGAUACGGACAGUAUCAUAUACCAACAUAAGGAGGGACAAUUUAAUCCUACCCUUGGCCAUAGUUUAGGAGAAUGGACUGAUGAAUUAGACGGGGACCACAUUAUCAAAUUCAUGUCAGGAGGUCCUAAAAAUUAUGCUUACCUUACCGCGAAGGGAAAUUCCGUGUGUAAAGUCAAAGGAUUGACUCUUAAUUAUCGGGCUUCCAAUAUCGUAUCACCAGAGACAUUAGAAAAAAUGCUCAAGAAAGAAAUGGAUGAAAUCCAAGUCUCGUAUCCUUACAAAAUACAGAGGACUCGUCAACAUGAAGUCAAGACAGUACCUUUAGAAAAACAAUAUAGAAUUGUCUAUGAUAAGAGACAAUUAAUGGAAGAUUAUAAUACUUUACCUUAUGGUUAUUAA